AAACUUCCUUUUCUUUAUUAUUUCUCUAUAACAUAUUACCCUAUCAUAAAUUUCAAAAUUGUUUUUGUUUAUUGUUUUUCUAACAAAUGAGAAACUUGUCUCAAGAUGUUUUCGAAAGUCCUUUGUGCUCACCAUCACCGCCGCUCAGGUAAAGAGACUUUAUUAUUUCAUAUAUGUAAUGUAAUUUUUAUUUGAUUAUUUAUAAUUUGAGUUAGAUUACAUAUGCAUAUGUAUUCUAAUUUAAAUUAUAAAUAAUUAAGUAAUAAAAAUUAUAUUACGUAUAUUCCACCCCAGUUACAGUUUGCUCUUUAUCUCUCUCUCUCCCGCUACACUAAUCAUAUAAACAGCGCCCUUAUCUUGGUUGCUAGCGAGCGCCGAUAUCAGGCUGCUAGAUUUUAUAAACAUUAAAAAUAUAUGUUAGAUUAAAAAAUAAAAAUAUAACAUUCGGAUACUGUAGUAUGCGUUUAAUAUUAUACCUAAAAAUUUCUUUUAAUUGAACGUGUCGCAACAUGUUAAAUCUUAGCUUCCCCUUCUUCUAAAACUCUUUUCAUCAAAAUCACGUGACCAAUGUGAUUAUGCACAUUACUAUUAAGAUAUGGUGGAGGGGUGCAUCAUAUAAGAAGAACAUCGCCAUACAUCAGUCGCUCAUUACGAAUAUCCUCAUUACAGUCGCUCAUUACCGAACGGACAACAAAGAAUAACGUUGGCUGCUGGAGUCAAUUGGAAAAACUUACUUCUCAAAGAUGAACUACUACGUUCCAAUCCAGGAAAACGAAGCUCGUGAUAAACCAACAAUAUCACAACCGCGCCAUACACCUCGCAUCCUGAGAAGGAGAUUUCCUCUUAUGGCUACAUCCUACAAGUACUUGGAAAUGGGAAUCAGCGUGGGGUCUGAGCCUUUUGUGGAGAUGAUUCUUGGCGACAACAAGGGAAAUCAGCUAAUUUUGCCAUAUAUAACAUGGCAAAAAUUUAUCGAGAGACGUGUGGAUAUUGAAGAACUCGUACGAGCAACUAUACCAUCUUCGAGACUUUUUAUUUGUGAUUUAGUAAUAGAAAUUGUAAACGUACACGAUAUCGUAAAAUUAACACUGUGUAAUACCUGUAUAUAUAUGAAACCCUCAACUGUACAAUUUUUAUUUAAUCUCGAACACUGUGCUGAAUCUGUAUAUAAUCAAUUAUAUCAAAAUACUUAUAGUGUAAGCAAUAAAUAUAAGAAGUUUAUUACUAUUUUGCGUCAAAAUUAUGUUACUAAUAAGUAUGAUGCUAUAAAAAUUCUGAAUGAAAAUUACGAUAAAACUUGUAUCAUAGAAUGCGAACUAGUGACUUAUGCAUCCGAUAAUAUUGUAUAUGAUGCUUUACAUAAUUAAUAAAUAUGUUUUUGUAUAAA